CUUCGUCAACAGCUAAAGUUUUUUGAUUUUAAUUUGAAGUAAAAAUAAUAGGUAAAUAAAAGAAAAUGGCCAAAAAUUUAGCAGAUGCAGCAAGAAAGUUUCUUCUGCUGGGUCAGUGUGUACCUACCGUUAAACAAAAUGCCGCUAAAAUCAGAGUGAAGAGGUUAGAAUUGGAUGAAAAUUUGUUAAUGUACUUUAGAAAUGAUGAAUUUUACUACUGCCAUGAUCCUGAAAAAUUGUGCAAAACUGGUGAUAUUGUUCUUAUACAGGCAUUGCCUCAGAAACUCACAAAGCUUAUUACACAUGAAGUGAAAGAAGUUGUUUAUCCAAUGGGUGAUAUUACUGACCCUAUCACAGGCAAGAAAGUGGCAAAAGAAAGGUAUAGGGAAGAUAUUGAGAAAGAAGCACAGCUGUAUGGAAAGAAAGAUUCUGCAUUUGAUUACACAAAGGCACCUCCUAGAGGCUGGCAAGAUGGAAAGAAAGACUUCACUUCAAAACCAACAUAUACAAAAUACCAUGUGUUUGAUGAAAAUGAUCCUUAUGCAAUUUAAGUAGGCAUUGUAGUUGUAUAAAUUAGGUAAUUAUAUCAAUAGUUAGUU